AUGUCGGGUCAUCGCCCCAUGAGUAUCGACGCCAUGCUCGACAUGGAACGGCGGGAGGUGCUUGCACUCUUGGAGAACAAGAAUCUCAACACUGCUACUUCCCCCACGAGGAUGCGCUCGUCGUCUCCCUAUACUGCAGCCCCGCGGUCGCCUGUUCGUAGCAUGCUGGAUAUCGAGGAGGAACCCGAAAGCUCCUCGCAUGGCGCCACAACGCAGGCUCCCGUGAGGAGCAUGUUAGAUAUUGAUGCGCCACUCACAACUACGCAGCCACCCGUGCGGAGUAUGCUUGAUAUAGCCGCUCCGUCGCCGCCUGGAUCCAUCCAUGGCAGAAGCUCCAGCCCUGUAACUUCCAACGAACCAGUCUUCAAGAACAUUCCCGCCUCAUCACAGGGCUCACAUCACCCGCGGAGCUCGUCAGAUGCUGCAUUCAAGCCAGCCGACUUUGGACCACGAGCAGGAUACCGUCUCGACAAAACGUCUGAGUACCAGUUCUCGGGCAUUCUUCCCCAAUACUCCGGCCUUGCUGGGUCGAAGAGAUUGUCACAGAGCGGCGGCAAGAAGUUGCCGUGCGCAACGGCGCUUGGGGAGGCUUUCCGUGGUGCCGACUUGAGCAGUCUUCAGUUGCCCGGUGACAAAGAACGGAAUCCCUCUGCCGGCUGUCGACUGGGGCAUGCCAAGUCGAAAUCUCCACACGAGAGAUGGGCGGCUCGCUCUCGAUCACCGGCGACGUUCGCUCCCCUUCUUUCCUCCAAUAGAGCGGUGCUAGAUGAUGGACAGGUUGUGGAUAUCAGCAACGCUUACCGCAGGCUGUCGGAUGCAAACUUGGCGUUUUCUUGUGGAAGCUUGGCGCAGUUGCCGAUGCGGAAGCGAUCUGAUGAUGCUGGUGAAGGUCGGUUAGUUAAAGAUUACCUAGGUCCGGACGGCGAGCACCUGGAAUCCAGUGAAGACGAUGAAGCGUUUUCAUCUGACGAUGAAGACCGUGGCCGUAAGACGGCCCCCAGGUCACUCAACCCAGACGCUCACGAAGAAGGGGAGAAUAGCAAAUCCCGGUCUCGGUCUGGCCAAGGUGACCGCCAAACACUGAGUUUGUUGGCUGCGGCAGACGAGGAACGAUCAAAAAUUGCCCGAAAGCAAAGCCAAACGUACACAUAUAGAUCACUUUUGGAACCUGAAAUUAAGAUUACCAACUCGUCGGGCGACACGGUCAAGCCAGCCAAAGGCAGGAUUCAUCCCAACACCAGCUACGAUCAGAAUUCUGCUUCGGCAACGCCGUCCAUGUUUGACUCAGAUGAGGAAGCCGACAUGGACGAUAUCAAGCGGGCACAGAAUCUAGGCUUCUCAAUGACGAAUAUCCUGACUGCUCCAGACUCGCAUCGUUCUAUUCGCAUCAUCUACCGUGGAGAUUAUCACAAGACAGUGCAGACAGCUGACGAGGAGAAGCAGAGAGUACGCAAGUACUUGGUGGCGACAGAUUUGAGCGAUGAGUCGACUCAUGCACUGGAAUGGGCUAUCGGGACAGUCUUGCGUGACGGCGACACUCUGAUAGCGAUUUAUUGUGUGGACGAGGAAACCGGCAUAGUGACUGGCGAAGGGUCGCUUGUGCCAGACGAUCCAAAGGCCAUGCGGGAGCAAGCAGCAGCUAUCAAUACUGUCACAAACUCGAAGGGCAUGUUCGCACCGGUGACGCCAGUUGUUGAUUUGAGACGGGCGUCGGCGCGUCGCGCCGAUUCGUCAGGAGGCAACAGAACUCCGGGGGCUUCGCCAGCGCCGUCCCAGAGAGGUGACAAUCAGAGAGCAGUAGAGGAACGAUCGCGAGCAAUUCAGGAAAUGACUGACAAGAUACUGCGACUGUUGAGAAAGACUCGGUUGCAAGCACGAGUUAUUGUGGAGGUGCUACAUUGCAAGAAUCCGCGACACAUGAUUACAGAAGUGAUUGACAUAAUCAACCCGACGUUGGUGGUGAUCGGUAGCCGAGGUCGCAGUGCCUUGAAAGGUGUCAUUUUGGGAUCAUUCUCCAACUAUCUCGUGACGAAGAGCUCAGUGCCAGUCAUGGUGGCAAGGAAGAGACUCCGCAAGCAGAGCAAGUACAAGCAGAAGGCGGUCAAGCAGGUCAACAAUAUUAGCAACCCGGCGGCCCGCAGCCUGGCAAAUGCCAAGAUUGACUGA